AUGGCCAAGUCAAGAAGCCCGUACCUCACCCGCUUCCUGUCCGACUUCACCCUCGGCUUCUCCGAUGGACUCUCCGUCCCCUUCGCCCUCACGGCCGGGCUGAGCUCCCUGGGACGUGCCGACACCGUCAUCUCCGCGGGCCUCGCAGAGCUCUGUGCCGGGAGCAUCAGCAUGGGCAUUGGUGGCUACCUGGCUGCCCUUGAUGAGCUCCCAUCGGCGUCGAGCAAUCACGGUGGUGAACGCGUGCAUAGCGACGUUGCAGGCGACGAGGAGGAACUGAGAGGCAUGCUCCAUGAGGGAGCUGCGGGCUCUACGAGCAUGGCGAGCGAUGGCGAUAGCACGCGCGAGAGCCUGGACGAGAAGGGGAUAGGCGCUGAGGUGCGAGACGAGGACCUGGUGCGCCAGCACCUCGAGCCCUUGGCGCUCUCAGACUCCAUCAUGCGGGACAUGCUGGAGGCUGUGACAAGGACCCCCCACGACCUCGCUCGUGCCGCCGCACGUCUUCGACAACAACGACGCCAAGUCUCGAUCCACGACCCUUUGCCGCCAUCAGAACCGCCGCAGCUACCCGUCUGGCCCGUCGCCUCUGGACUUUCCAUAUCGCUGGGAUAUGUCAUCGGCGGCAUCAUACCUCUCUUCCCCUACUUCUUCGCCGCGACGGUGGGGCUGGCCCUCCGCUGGAGCAUCGGGCUAUGCCUCGUGGCCUUGAUGGCCUUUGGGUCCGGCAAGAGCUGGGUCCUGCGAGGGGAGGACCGGAGCUGGCGAAGGUGCCUGCUGGAAGGGUCUCAGAUGUUGGUGUUGGGCGGUCUGGCCGCUGGUGCGGCCGUCUUGUGCGUCAAUCUGGUCGGUAGUUCUGAAGAGCCUUCGAGCUGA